AUGCAUCUCACUCAAACGAGCAAGCGCUUCAUCAGCGUCGGCCUCAUUGCCGUCUGCCUGAGCAUCGCCCUGGCACCGCAACCCGCCCACGCAGACUGGAUCCAGGAUGCCACCAGCGGCGGCCAGAGGGUCUUCAAGGCGGCCUUUGACGCCUGGACCGAGAGCGACCUGCGCACCUACCUGCUCGACCGCGGCAUCAUUGCCCCAACCUCGACGCGCGAGCAACUCGUCACACUCGCCAAGCAGGACUACUCCAAGGUGCAGGCCUCUGCGCUGUCGGCCACGGCAGACGCUUCCAAGGUUGCCAACGAAGCUGCGAGCUCCGUCUACUCGGCAGCCUCCUCAUUUGAAUCGGCGGUUCGUGACUACGUGGACAGAGCAGCCAGCCAGGCCUAUUCGCUCACCGAUCUGUACUAUCAGGCUUCCGACUCUGCCUCGGCUGCGUCCAAGUCGGCGACCAGUGUUGCUUCGCGGGUGAGCAAGAGCGUCCCCACGGACGCGUCGAGCUUGAGCUACGAGAUCAGCUCGGGCGCCAGCGGUGCGAGCAAGUCGGCCUCGUCGGCCUACGCCCAGGCCUCUUCGCAGGUCAGCAAGCAGCUCGACGACGCCCACGACUACGUCUUCUCGAGCUGGGACGACUCCCAGCUCCACGCCUGGCUCGUGGAGCACAAUGUCAUCAAGUCCAAGACCGUUGCCCGCCGCGACGAGCUCCUGUCCUACGCUCGCGACUCGUACACAGCUGCCGUCAAUGCUCCUUACGAGGCCUUUUCCAACAGCUACCUUCACAACUGGCUUGUCGACCAGGGCGUCAUUCGCAGCCCUGGGGAGAAGACUCGCGAUGAAUACCUCAACCUGGCCAAGGACUACUACUUUACGAGCAAGGACACCGUCUUUGACAGCUGGAAGGAGUCUGACCUCCGCAAGUGGCUCGUCGACAAUGGCGUCAUCAAGUCGGACUACGAGGCGUCGCGGGACAAGCUCGUGAACCUCGUGUCGGACAACUACAAGUGGUCGACCAACGAGCUGUACUCGUCGUGGACCGAUUCGGACCUGCGCAACUACCUCAUCCACAACGGCUGGAUCAAGAGCGACUACGAGGCCAAGCGCGACGACCUCAUUGCCCUGGUGCAGAAGCACGGAAACGCGGUGACGGACUCGGCGCGCGACUACUAUGCCUGGUCUGACGCUCGGAUUCGUGGCUACCUUCGCCAGACUGGCCUCAGCCUGGACAGGACGCCAUCGACGCGAGAGGGCCUCCUCCGUGAGAUGCGUGCCCGCUUCCAGCCCCAGAAGGGCAUCUUUGACCAGCUCAAGGAUGGCAUCCGCCACGUCGUCGAGAGCGUCCAGGACGCGGCCGGCAACGCAGAGGCCAAGGCCAAGGUGGCCAGCGUCAGCGCCUCGUCUGCCAGCUCGGCGGCCAGUGUUGCUGCCAGCAAGGCUGCCGCUCACCAGGAGCUGUGAGCAGCAUAUAGUCUCGCUGUCCAAAGACCCGCCUCUCUUCCACCGUAUACCCCCUUAAACCAACGCCACGUCUUGACGAAUGAUUAAAUGGGUGCGGCCUUUUUUUCUGUUCCCCUCCCCUCUAACACCCUCCCCUCUCAGGCCCUCAACCGCCUCCCCCACUUUUCCCCUUCUUGCUCUGUCUACCUGUAUGUAAACGAAUCUCGGAGGCAGGGCUCCUCAAAAUAACGCCUCCCAAAUGGAAAUGAAAAUCAGAGACUACUUGAGAGAG